AUGAGCUCAUCCGCGGCGGCAGUCGCAGAAAAGGACGACGUCUUGACGGCCCAGAACAACUACAAGAUCAUCCAGGAAGUUGGGAAUUUUGAAGAAACGGAAGCGAAACGUCCAGACUUUGAUCACAAAAAACCAAUCGAAGUCACAAAAUCACCCCUUCCUCAAUGGAAAUAUGGAGAUGGGGUUCCUGACAAUGGAAAGAGCUUGGCUCAACAGCACCAUGAGAUUGACCCUUAUGCGGCUGAUCGGCCCAUGAUCAACAACUACCGCCUACUUGUCUCUGGUAUUGCGCCACGGCCAGUCGGUUUUAUCAGCACCGUCAGUGCUGACGGACAGAAAAAUCUCUCGCCAUUCAGCUACUUCCAGGUCGUUGAUCAUGAUCCGCCAAUGUUCAUUGUUGGCUUUUCCUCCCGUCCGGGUCGCGUGAAGGACACAUAUCGCAAUAUCAAAGAAACCGGCGAGUGCGUCAUCAACACGGUUUCAGAGAACAUGAUCGAGGCUGUCAAUGCUACUUCGAUUGAUGCCCCCUAUGGAGUAUCCGAAUGGGACGUUUCAGGUCUUCAUGAAGUACCAUCAACCACAGUCAGACCUUCCCGAGUGGCGGAGUCUGUCUUUAGCAUUGAAGGCAAGGUGGUCGACAUCAAGGAGUUCAGUGAUCACCAACAACCAGGCAUGAGCAUUGCAGCCAACGUUUUGAUCAAGGCCACACGUUUCUGGGUGAAAGAGGGCUCUGCGAAUGCGGAUUACAGUCACAUUGACGUUGAAAAACUGCGGCCUGUUGGGCAAUUGGGUGGUAUCUCCUAUGGGCGAAUUACAUCAACGUUUGAGAGACCGCGUAAGAAGUGGAGUGAAGAAGUUCCUAAGAGCGAACUAUUGACCAAGCUGGAUGCUACCAAGCACAAUGUGAAAUAG